CUUUGUUAAAAUGGACGGCGGUGUGUUCGUUUUUCUAAGCAUAUCAGCAUUACUUGUAAGUUAGUAGUUAGUUAUGGAAUGCCAGCAGAUGAAGACCACAGUUUGGUAGAAAUAUGUUAAGGCUGCAGACAGAGAUUGCCUGAGUAUAAAUUCAGGUCUGGUGCUGAUAAUGGCUAGAAUGUCCCAGGCUUCAGGAGGUCUUCUGCCCCCCUUGUGCUCACUAGUAGGCCAGAAGAGGAUCUCCCCUGCAGGGCUGGGCAGCAGAGACAAUGAGGAGGAUUGUCAUCAUGACCCUCAACCCUCAAUAGGGAUGUUGAAUGGAUUUGUCAUUUCCCAGUUCCCAGCAGAGGAAAAGCAGGCUGCCUGUGUAGAAGACAGUAGAAAACUUGAGAGGACAACACCAGGUCCUAAAGAAAUCCUAUCAGUAGAAGAAUUUUCUCAGAAGGAAAGAGCAGACGGUGUGAAUGGAUCAGGUACUGGACCACAGAAUACUUUCACAAAGUCUCUGCAGAAAGCUGAGGCUCUUUUGAGAAACCGUUUCAACCCAGGUUUAAAAUGGCUCCUAAAGCAGAGAUCUGAUGGUAGUUGCUUUGAUCCCGAUUGUGAAUAUUCUUUUAUAGCUGGAGAAAAUCAUUCUUCAGAAAGGUUGGUUAAUAUGGAACAGUGUUUUCUUGGACUGAGCAAGCGUUGUCAUGUGCUUCGAAGUCCAAAGUCUUGUUCUCUGCAUGGACAUAUAAAAGAGCUCUCAGCUGACUCUUCACUGAUGUGUAAAUUCUGUUUUCACCCAGUCCAUAUUACUGUAAACAAGCAUUACGGGAAGCUUCAAUCUCUGUUUGAGCAGAGAUCUCAGCUUUUGUUCUUCUACGAAUACACCAAACGCUUGAAAGUUGUGUCCGAUUUUGUUGCAAGGCUGUCCAAGUUGCUUGGCGAGGAACAAAAGCUGUUAAAAAGAUUGAUGCAAGACUCUGAUAGUGCAUGGAUAUGUCCGGAAUAUAAGAUUAGCAGUCUUUGCGAAGAAUUAAGAAGUCAUACUAGUCACUGGGACUGUCUGUAUGACAAAGCAAGAAAUGAUAAUUGGCUACGACCCAUCUUGUUUCAGAAGAAGGAAAGUCUUGGAAGUAUGAAGCGAACAUUAAACCUGUUGGGGAUUCAAACCAUUAUUUUACUAGAGAGAUACAUUAACACAGUUCUUCAUGUUUUAGCUCUUGUAAAGCCUGUUGAUGUGUCUGCAGAGUUAAUAGAAGACAUCUUCAGAGGAACUGAAAUAUUUAAUUGCAUUGAGUCAAAUACAAGCAUGAAACAGAAAUAUUAUGAACUGCAGAAAUCUUGUGAGAGCCAGGGGGUCAAUGAAUCAGAACUGCUUUUGCUCAGACAGAAAACAAUUGUUUCCGUCAACAAAGGGAAAGGAGACUUUAAACCUUUCCCUGUUAUAAGAAUUCUGAGGAUUUUAUCGAAACAAAGGGGGCAAUUGGCAGCUAAUAGAUUAUAUAACUGGAUCAUUAAUCAAAACAGUUUUCUUUCUAAUGUGGACCUGAGUAGUUGCAAGUGCCUGGAUUGGGAGAAUGUGAAAGUGCCUUUUCUUCAAAAUACAUCAAAAUGCAACAGUAAGGCAACUAAAACGGGCUUGUCCAGACCAAAACUUGGAGAGAGACAGCAAAGCUCAUGUACUGGAGCUCAAACACAUCCCUUGUCAGAGAUUUUAAAAGAGGACGAAGAGUUCAUGGAUAAAGUCCUUCUUGCGUUAGUCUCUUCUACAAAAACUCUGGGGCAUCAUGUUCUAAACAGGCCAAAACCUGAUAAACCUCACCAACAUGUUGAUUGUAUACCUGCAAAUUCCCCAGAUAGCCAAAUCUGCAAGUCAGUAAGUGAUCUGGGUAAAGACAUGGAAUCUGGCAGAGAAGGAGAGAUAUCAAGCACUAAAAAAAUAACUGCAGUUCAGUGGCAAGAUUCCAUGAAUUUAGAAGUCAAAGGAGCUUUUUUUUCUCAAUACAGAACUAUGCUAUGGAAUGAUUUUGGUGCAGCUCUGUUGAAUCUCUUUUAUCAGCCUAGGUAUAAUGGUAUUCUUGGAAGCUUGAAUCAGUGCAAAGACCAAAUGGCAUUUCUUGUUGUGAAAGAAUUGCACAGUGGAUGCAGGAAAGCACUGAUGUCCAGGGAAUGUGAUGAAGUAAUAAGGGACCUUUGUUUACAGUUGAUCUCGAAAGCUGCUUUCAUGCACUGGGAUCAAGUGUUGUGUAAGGCAUUGGGGACAGGACUAAAAGAUAAAUGCCUUCUAGACCCAGAGAAGGAGGGAACCUGUGUAAAAACCAGGACAACAGAGCUGCUUCAGCAACUGUUCCACCCUCUCGCUGUCAUACUGAACUGUCUGGAUUCUGAUGCAAGUAGGAACAAAGGUAAUUGCAUUGUGGAAAGUAAACCUGCUUUCACGUCACUCAACCUCUCAUUGCUGAGCUACUGUGCCUCAACUGUGCAUUCCUGCUCUUACUGGGUGAUGACAAAGGCAUACCAGUAUCUUUCAUCCUGGUCACUUAAUCAGUUCCUCUUAGUAACACAAGGAGAUCUGAAGCUUUUAAAGGCAGAAGUGGAGAGACUUGUACUACUUGUAGAAGCCUUGAACAUGGAAGAAAGGAGUAGUCCAGCACUCCAUGAUGCAUUAAUACAACAGCAAGAAAAAGCAGUGUCAACACAGGUCAUAGAAGCUGCUGCUAAUAUGCGGGCAUUCUCAGAGAACGUGCUAAAGAUAUUUUCUAUGGAUUGCAAAAAGAUGUCAGAGGAAAUAUUUGAGCAAACAAUGCCUGUGGGCAAACACUGGAGGGUAAAUUGCAAAACAGUACUGCCCAGCAGCCCCAGUGAGUAUGCUGCCUCAGCUGCGCAGAGCGUGAUUGGUCUGGUGUUGGAAGGAAUCCAGCCGCUGCCUGAUGACGGCAGGAUCCCAGCAUUAACAGAAGCUAUGACUGCUUUCAUGGAAGCCUGGAUGGACCAUAUAUUGAAGCAAAAGAUCAAAUUCAGCAUUCAGGGUGCCUUACAGUUGAAGCAGGAUUUCGAUAUGGUGAGGGAUUUAAUCAAAUCAGAAAAAUACAGCUUAUCCGAGGAGAUCAGGCAGAGGCUCCUAUCCAUGAGAGUUUUUCAUCAGGUUGACAACGCCAUCAUUUGCCUGCUUCAGCAGCCAACCAGCAAAGCCUACAUACCUUCACGCACCUGGGAACCCUUCAGGAGAUGCUGCUCCAAUAAUAGCCGAACUAGGGACUUUGGCAGUGGAAACUUAAACAGCCUUGAAAGUCUGGAUCUUCAGGCAGCCAGAAACAAUGCUAUUGUACAGGCAGAAAACUCAAUGGCGACUGACCUUCUUGGAAAGAUCAUGACCAGUGGGAACCCAGAAUCCUAUUUGGCAGUAAAGCAGCAGGAGUGGCUUGCUCUUCGUAUACACAAUGGAAACAGAUGGAAAAUACUUCGGUUUCCUUGCAUGACCAGAACUUCUGAGCAGUGAUAAUUAACAGCUGUUGUUUUGCUUGAACUGAGUGACAUGGGCAAAAAAAACAGAUAAUGCACAGAAAGUAAAAUGGAGAUUAUUCUGUCAAACUGUUAAGAGCCCUCUCUAAUACAGCUGUUUAAAAAAAAAAAAAAUAAUAAUAAAUUGAUAAUGCAAACAAUUAAUUGAUUUCACUUGUCAAGUUGAUUUUGAAUGUUCAUACCAAC